AUGCUAGACUCCACAGAGACACGGGAGAAAGUCUCCGAGCACCAUGUCGAGAAGGUGGUGGUACACGAGAAAAGUCCGAUUCAGGAGUCGGACGCCGUUAGCUCGGACGAGUUUGCAUCGAUAGACGAAGCGGCAGUACUGCGCAAGAUGGACCUGCGGUUGAUUCCAAUGCUCAGCUUGUUGUAUCUCCUGGCAUUCCUGGACCGAGGCAAUAUCGGCAACGCCAAGAUUGAGGGUUUGGUCGAGGAUCUGAACAUGACCGGCCCGCAGUACAAUUGGACUUUGACCGUCUUUUUCUUUACUUACUGCGUCUUCGAAUUGCCGAGCAAUCUCCUUCUCAAAAAGCUCAGGCCUUCGCGAUGGCUACCGCUGAUCAUGGUGGCUUGGGGAAUUGUGAUGACACUGAUGGGUAUUGUGCAAAACUACGGCGGCCUCCUCGCAACCCGCCUGUUUCUGGGCGUUGCCGAGGCCGGUCUAUAUCCCGGCGUAGCCUACUAUAUCACCUUAUGGUACCCACGCCACCGAGCCCAAUACCGCCAAGCCUUGUUCUUCAGCGCGGCCAGUAUCGCCGGUGCAUUUUCCGGACUGCUGGCGUACGGCAUUGCAAAAAUGGACGGCGUCGGAGGCUACGCUGGAUGGCGCUGGAUCUUCAUCCUCGAAGGCCUUCUCACGAUAAUAGUAGCGCUCUUUGCACCAUUCGCCAUCCAUGAUUCUCCCGAGACGGCGACCUUUCUCACGGAACAGGAACGCCGUUUUGUGAUCCAUGCUCUGCGGAUCCAGAACUCGGCGGAUGAGCGUGAGAUGGUGCAGGAUGAGGCUGAGUUCCACAUGAAGUAUGUUAUUGAUGCGUUUACGGACUGGCAGAUCUAUCUCGGGCUGUUUAUGUACUGGGGCAUCACCUGUCCGCUGUAUGGGAUCUCCUUGUUCCUUCCUUCCAUUAUUAAAGAUCUGGGAUACAAGUCAUCUACCGCUCAGCUGCUUACUGUUCCCAUCUACAUCACGGCCGCAGUCGUCGCCGUCUCCGCAGCAUGGUUCUCCGACCGCCGCAAACAAAGAUCACCAUUCGUCCUGUUCUUCAUGGCCUUGAUUGCUAUCGGUUUCAUCAUCUGUCUCGCAUCCAGCGGCCGCAACGUGCCCGGCGUGGUAUACUUUGGAGUGUUCGUUGCGGUGAUCGGAAUCUACCCUGCCUUCCCCGGCAACGUGACCUGGUUAAGCGCCAACCUGGCCGGAGACUAUAAGCGCGCCGCCGGAAUGGCCAUGUACAUCGGUCUCGGAAAUCUCGCAGGAGCUAUGGCUUCGAACUUCUAUCGCACCCAGGACGCGCCGCAAUACAUCCUCGGUCAUUCACUGGAACUUGGAUUCGUGAUCGUUGGCAUGAUCGCCACUGUCAUCAUGCGAUUUACGUACCAACGCAUCAACCGAAACCGACAUCGUAUUGAUCCUUCGCAGUAUCCGUCCGAUCCUGACUCGAUGGGUGAUCGGUCUCCACUCUUUAGGUACAUGCUGUGA